GGUCAUAACAAGACAUGAUUAAAAAAAAAGCCAACUAUCAGUCACUAAUCUAUGGACAACUCACGCCCAACUCUCAAACGUACUUUCCCCUUUCAAUCCCAAACUUACACUUUUAGCCUUCACUCGACGAUCUCUCUUUCCCUUAAAAGCUCCAUUUUUAGAACUACCAUCAAAGGUAAAGUUUAAGAAUGGCACCUGCAACUAUAUCCUUUUCCCAUUUUGCCCCUCUCACCGCCCUCUAUUUCCUCCUCCUGUCCUCUUGCCCCCUCCCCAUUCUUGCCGUCAACGUCACCGACCUCAUCGCCCACCACUCUUCUCUCACCGGCUUCGCAGACUCGCUCGCCGCCACAUCCGUCCCCGCCGAUCUCCUCUCCCGCUCCUCCAUCACCGUCCUCGCCGUACCCAAUGCCUUCCUCCGGCACGCCGCCGCCAACAUCAGCGACGCCGUUCUUCGCUACCACGUCCUUCUCCAGUACAUAUCCUGGGAUGACCUCCCCGCGAUUCCGGCGGAGGGGAAACUCGUCACCACUCUGUUCCAGACCACCGGCCGUGCCCCGGGAAACUUAGGGUUCGUCAACAUCACCUGGGAUCCGGCCGCAAAACUCGCCACCGUCCACCUACAGGGCUCCAACGCCACAAUCGUGUCCGAAAUCGCCGACGUCCCUUACAACGUCUCGAUCUUCUCUGUAAAUUCUCUCCUCGUGCCGUACGGAAUAGAUCUGAUGGCGUCGGACACCCGGCCGUCUCCGGGAGUCAGCAUCACCAAGGCCCUCAUCGACGGGCACGACUUCAACGUCGCGGCCUCCAUGCUCGCCGCAUCCGGCGUCGAACAGGAAUUCGAAGACAAUGAGGGCGGCGCGGGCCUCACUCUGUUCAUGCCCACAGACGAAGCGUUCUCAGAUCUACCGAAUUCGUUGGGAUUCCAAUCCCUGCCGGCCGAUAAAAAGGCGGCGAUCCUCCGAUUCCACGUCCUCCACUCGUAUUACCCUCUGGGGACGCUCGAGAAGGUCGUGAAUCCGAUCGAACCCACUCUGGAGACGGAGCAGAACUGGGCGGGGAGCUUCACCCUGAACAUUUCCAAAAUCAACGGAUCUUUGACGAUCGGCACCGGAAACGUACAAGCUUCUGUAACUCAGACGGUGUACGACCAAAAUCCGGUGGCUAUUUUCGGAAUCUCCCAUGUUUUGUUGCCCGUAGAGUUCUUUGGCCGGAACAGGAUUGAGGUGAACAGGUCUGGAGGUGGGAGUGUGGAUGCGACGCCGGAGAUUACUCUCUCGCCGGGAACGGACGGAGCAUCCGGCCAUUCAUCCGCUCCGCCGCCGGGGUUUCAUCAAGACGGUGCCUCCUCGGCGGCUAAGGGCAUUGUAAGAACAUUUUUGAUUGUGUGGUGUGUAGGGUUUCACCUUCUGGUGUGCUGUAAUUAUUAGCAAUUUUUUUUUAUUUAUGAAAUUAUUUUGAGAUUCUUCACUUCAAAUCAGAAUACAAGAAAAAAAAUCCCAUUUUGAAAUCUGGGAUCACAAAAAUUCACAAAGAUUUUUUUUUUAAUUUUAUAUUCUUGAAGUUUCAUUGUUAGAGCUGUUUUAUUUUUUUGUGUGUAAAGUUUCAAAUAUUGUGUAAAUCUAUUUUCGAUUAAUUAUUGACAUUAAUAAUAAGAGUAUUAGUCACCG